AUGCAGUCCCCUGCUGAUAAACAGGUUAUUACCCCCUCCACCUCUGCUAAGCCCAGCAAACACGGUACAACAGUUCUGUCUACAGGCACUGCUGCCACUGGGGGCGUUGAGGAAGCAUCCCAGAAGCACGCAAACUCAGAAGAGUUGCAGGCGCUCCUGGAUGCUACAAUGAGUAGGUCAGUUACACAGGCCAUUUUUAACGCCAUGGGAGUGAUGUCAGACACCCUGUCACACUCUAUCUCAUCCGCUAUCAUGGCAUCCAGCCAAACCCCCGGCUCAGCACCCCCUAUACCCUCGGAUAGCAAGUUAAUGGUACCAAGCAGCCGCAAGGCUUCAUGCAAAUCGCACCAUCUACCAGGUGCUGCCUCCAAAACCAGUAUGACGGACAGGUUGCGCCCUGUUGAGACUGAGGACGUGGUGCUCCUACGUAAAAGAGCCCCCUGCCGGGCAAAAGUGGUGCGGAAUUGGAAGAGGGCAAAAGCCCUACCUGAUUCGGACUCAGAGGAGGUUUUAGAUGGGUCCGAUGCCAUCGACCCAGUUUAUUCAGAUAACUUGUCCCCCAAAUACAGCGAGAAUGCACCUCCAGCGAUAAGACGCUGA